AUGAUUGAAUCGGUUAAGCCGCUGUAUCUCAAGGAAGCGGUAGAAAAGCCCAAGCCUCAAGAUUCAAAUCCAGAAUCGGACAUAGAAAAUGAAUUUCUGGGCUUAAAAAGACCGAGUAUCAAUUUGGGUAGUAAGAGUCCUGUGGCAAAGAGAUCCAAAGUAGCUGUAUUGCAAGAAGAGAUAAAACAUAUGUUUGAAAUCGUCUUGAGUAAAAUUCUGAAGAUUGAGCAGCAGAGUAAGAAAAAGGAGUAG